AUGGCUUCCAACCAACGUUCCCUGAAUGUUUCGCACCUUGGGAAGAACGUCUACUUAUCGCAGAUCUAUAACCUGACCCUGCUGUGUAUGGAGGAUUACACCAUCGAGCCGCAGUCGGUGCAAUUCCUCGUCCAACACGGAUUUGACUUCAAUAAACAAUAUUCCUGCGGGAUUCCGUACUACAAAGGCAACGACAAGGGCGAUGAGCGGCGUCUGCAGAGCGUCCGCACUCUCUUCCUGGAGCUGCUCCAGGCCCGGAAGCCUCUCGUCCUCCACAACGGUCUGAUAGACUUGGCCUUCCUCUAUCAGAGUUUCUACGCUCAGCUCCCCGACAAGGUCAUGAACUUCGUGGCCGACCUCUCGGAAAUGUUCCCGGCCGGAAUCUACGACACCAAAUACGCCUCGGAGUUCGAGACGCGCUUCACCGCCUCAUACCUGGAGUACGCCUAUAAGAAAUGCAAGCGUGAGAACGGUCGGAGGAUAGACUCGAGCGCCAAUCACCUCUCUGUAGAGUUCUGUCACUAUACCGCCAGCAUGUCGGCGUACGUGGACUACCGCCUGUGCUCCCUUCCCGACCAGGAACGCGCCGGCUCGGCCACAGAAGGGCCCGACAUCUGUGAGAAGUUCUCUGCGUACGGCUGGUGCCCCAACGGGUCGAAGUGCGUUCUCUCCCACAACAUUGACCUGAUCAUCGAUGAGGAUGAGAAGGGAAGAUCAGACAAGAAGAAGAAGAGAAGACGGAAGAGGAAAAGGGGCGCAGCACAAGAAGAGACCAAUGAGGAGGUGAGCAUGGAGCCCCCAUGUAGAAAGCCCAAUGUGGACCCUUCUGAUCCCCCGGAGAAGGAGGAAGAGAAAGGAGAGGAGCACUUGAUGAGCUUGGAGCCCCCUUGUAGAAAACCCAAUGAGGACCCUUCUGAUCCCCCGGAGAAGGAGGAAGAGAAAGGAGAGGAGCACUUGAUGAGCUUGGAGCCCCCUUGUAGAAAACCCAAUGAGGACCCUUCUGAUCCCCCGGAGAAGAAGGAGAAAGGAGAGGAGCACUUGGUAAACAUGGAACCCCCUUGUAGAAAACCCAGUGUGGACCCUUCUGAUACCCCGGAGGAGGGGAAAGGACAGGAAAACAUGGAGACUGAGAAGGAAGACGGCUCAAUGGAGACCGUUAUGGGCCAAUCAGAGAUGAAGGACGCGCCCACACAGCGAGUCUCUUCCAAUCAGCAUGGAGACCACCAUGGACCUCCAGCGACUGUGGACAUGGAUUUGUUGCUAAGAGACGAUCAGACCAGUAAAGCGAUUGGUGAGGGUCACCAUGUCCAGCCCCCUAAGCGCAAAGUCCCCAGCACGUCGGACGCGGGAACCCACAGAGCCGGCUUUGACGCCUUCAUGACCGGAUACAUUCUGGCUUACGUGUGGAUGCUGAAGAGAGCGGAUAACGCGGACGCUUCCGCCACCUGCCUGCCGGACUGCCAAAAUAAAAUUUAUCUCAGCGGGAAGAACGUUCCUCUGCCGAUCAUCAAAAGCAUCUUCGCCAAAUUCUCCCGCCCCCACAUGCAGAAAAUCAAACUCAUCGCGCCCUAAUGGACCGCCAUCUUUAAUGGGCCGCGGCGGGAUCACUAAAUAUUUACAGAGAAUUUAUGACUUUGGCACCCACUUUUUUUUUUUUUAAUUGUUUAUAACGGGUGAGCGGUCCACACCGACCGCGAAUACAGAGCAGGUAACAUUG